CACAGAUAGAAGUAAAAUCAUUAGUUUGAUAGGCCAGUAUUGCAUCUGAGGUUGAACAAUAUGGACUUCAACGACAAAGUCGUCGUGAUCACUGGCGCUAGUUCUGGAAUCGGAGCAGCUGCGGCACUGAUGUUUGCGAACCAAUCCGCCAAACUUGUGCUCGUUGGCCGAAACGAAACUUCUUUGAAAAACGUCGCCGCUAAAUGUGAAUUAGCAAAAGGAAACAAACCAGUAAUCGUCAAAGCUGAACUAACUGUCGAUGAAGACGUCAAAGACAUCAUUGACAAAGCUAUUACCCAUUUCGGCCGUAUUGAUGUCCUCGUUAACAACGCUGGAAUCGGGAUACAAGGCAGUAUUCGAGAUGGCAUUGAACCCUACGACCGAGCGAUGGCAACAAACGUCCGUGCCGCUUAUUUAUUAAUCAGCCUGGCUACACCACACCUAGUAAAAUCCAGGGGAAAUAUCGUUAACGUUUCCAGCGUCGCUGCAUUCAAGCCUAUUAGGGACAUGGAUUUCUUGCCAUACUGCACGUCUAAGGCUGCCCUUGAUCAGAUUACUAAGUGUGUAGCUCGUGAGUUAGCUAAGGAUGGCGUCAGGGUUAAUUCUGUUAAUCCCGGCGCUACGAGGACACCGUUCGUUCAAUCAGCCGGUCUAACUAAGGAACAGAUGGAGGAAUUGUACAAAGCGAGAGAUAAAACUCUGCCGCUCGGGAAAAUGGCUGAAAGUGCGGAUGUGGCCGAUUUAAUUGUUUAUUUGGCAAGCGACCGUGCUCGCAGUAUCACGGGAUCUAUUUAUGUGAUAGAUAACGGAGAAAUGUUGUCUUAAACGUCCUUUGUUUAAGAGUGAAAUGGUGCUUUAUUGUGUUGAGAUUGGGAAUUGUGUAGGAUUAUUUAAACGAUCUUCUUGAUAUUCGAUAGUUUAUUCGUUUAAUUAAUGAAAUUGUGGUAUAUUUUAGUUUCCGCUUAUGUUAAAAAUAUUGCCAUCAAAUAAUACAUUAUUUUUAUAUAUUAUAAUUAUUUAUCCUUCUUGA